ACUUUCCGGUCAGCUCGCGUGGCUCUCUGAAGGACGCCCGCUACAACCAAUGAGCUGGGAGAGUGCGCCUGCCCCGCCCCUCCACGAACGGCAGCAACCAAUCCCAUUGCAAAAGCGUCAAGACGCGCCACGCCCCGAAAGAGGCGGGGCGGGGUGGACGGUUGGCCGUGCAGUACAGGUUCCUUGGAUGAUGCACACUGAGAAACUUCAUCUGAGCCCAGGCCCCCAUGGCAUCCCAGGACAAAGAUGUGGAGCCCUCACUGCCCUCUCCAUGUGUCUCCCGGAUGGGGCCCUGGGAGGCCAUUCUUGAGGCCGUCAGGGAGCAGCUUCCAUCUCUGGACUCAGAUUCCUCUUUGUCAGACUGCGGAGAAGAGGAGCUGUUCAUUUAUCAACGAAAUCAAACCACCUUGAUUCCAGACUUGUCAGAGGAGCUGGCUGAAAACCCUGAUGGGGCCUGGGUUGGUCCUGCCAACAGGUCUCCUGAGCCACUUGUGGCACCUGUGGAGUUCUCAGCAGAGCCCUGGGGUGAAUGGAAUGUAAGGAUGAAGGAAGGAAAGGACCCUGGCCAGCCCUUGGAGGGCGGUGGUGAGAGCAGCUCUCUUAGGAUGCCUGAGGAGACCCCCACAUGGCAGGAAGGUGACCUUGGGGACAUGUCCUUCAACACCAAAGGAUCCCCAAGUCCUCCUUGGGGGCUGCAGGGAGAAGCCACCCUCUGUCUCCCAGGAGAAGACCUGAGGAUGGACCCAAAUGCCGUCCCCUGUGUUCAGAAGGGCUCAGAUUCUGCAAACCGGAGAGCCCUCCGAAAAGCGAGAAAAAAGAUGAUCGAGAGAGACCUACUUCAUAAAGUCACCUGGGGUGCCAGGAACCCUGCCUGCAGUGACCACAGUCUAGUGAAGAAGACACCCUGUGAAUCUGCAUCCACGGGUCGGAGACCGGGAACGCCACCACAGGGGCCCCGGGAAGGCCUGCCAGUGCUCGCCCUCCAGCAUCUUGAAGAGUGGGAUUUGGAUCACAUCCUUCAGAGUCUAACUGGACAAGAGGACGACCGGGGAGAUGGAGCAUCUAGAGGAGUGUGGUGGGCAGCUGAUCACCUCCAGGGCCCAGGUCACGCCGAGCCCAGUGCCCAGGAUAGGCUCAUGGAACAGCUCACCCUCCUGUGUGCUACGCAAUUCAGAGCCGCUUCCCCUGCCAGGAAGAUGCCUGCUGACAUGCCACCGGACAAUGAGCAGCUGGAGGUCAGAAGCAGAUGUGCUUUGAAGGAGCUGGGCUUCCAGGCCAAGCUGAGGCAGCAUGGGCUAAGGAACCCAGCGGAGCCUCCCACCACCUUCAUCGACCUGAGGCCCACCGAGCCAUCAAACCAGGGGUCCUUGGAAAGCCCCAGCCCCAGCCCCAGCUCCAGCUCCAGCUCCUCUGACAGUGAGGAUGCAGGGGAAGAAGAGGCAGCUGCUCAGAGAGAUUGGCAAGGCCCAGCAAGGCUACGGGACUGUACCGGGAAAAGUCAGCUUCUCCAGCAGCUCAGGGCUUUUCGGAAGGCUCAGCCCCAGUGGCCUGCCAACAAGGUUCCUAGCAACCAGAAGGCCCCUGAAAAUACAGCUGGAUCUGAGACUGGGAGGAAGCAGCACGUAACUCUCUGAGUAAGGCAUAAUGCCCUGGCCAGACACUCAGGAGGAAGUCCUGGGACCAUGGGAGACGGUUUGGGCCAGGGAUAGCCAGAGAGGUCCUGAUAUCUCCUCUGGGCCAACAGUAAAUGCCUCUGGGACUGGAUCUUAGGAGGUUAUUGGAAUGGGUUGACUCCGUCAGCAUACCCAGGCCUGAUGGUCCUUCUCUCUCGUUUCCAUUAGCAGGUGUUUUUGCAGUGCAGGACCUCUCAGACUGGAUCUAGGCCUCUGUUAGAAUUUGGACAGAACAUUUUUAUGCAUUUACAGCAGAGAUCCCAGCACAAACUUAUACACUGUACAGCGUGAAGACAACACAGGUGAUCCUAAUCCUCUGAGAGGGCGUGGAAGGAAAGCUCAAUGAGACAAUGGUUUUGUUCUGAUCGUGGAACUGCGAGCCUUUACAUCUUUGUCCAUUUCUUCAUUUUUUCCAUUAAUGUACAUCUGUUAUUUUCAUCAUACAAGGUCUUUUUAAAAACUGUAAAACAUACUUAGAGACUUUCAGGGUGGAAAGUCUUGAAAGAGAAUUUAGCGUGAUUUUCUGGGUCCCUGGAUACUCGCUAGUUUGUGCACUUGCCAUACCAUACACACAUUAAUCGAGCUCUUAAGAUUUCUCUUUUUUCUUUAACUAAGACACAAAGGCACAUACAGGUUCUAAGGUUAUUCCAAACUAAAGGUGAAGUUGGCCUUUAAAUACAGAGAAUAUUGGAUGCUCUAACACCCGAAACUAUCCUCAUUUCACAAGGUAUCCUUGUGAAUAGCCAGCCAGCAAGAGCUGAGGGAGGCACUCCCAUCUCUCUCACAAUUUCUUUGCAAGCAUUAUCCACUCCACCUCAUUUCCAUAGUCCCUUCAUAACAGGCUGAGGCCCUGUUACGUGGCACCUGUGUUCCCUCCCCAACUUGUUUCCAAGAUUUUGCUUGUCAGUCUCUCACUCCCCCAACCCCCACUACCUGCCCCAUGGGUAGAGCAGAAAAAUCAUCUGGGGUUCUUCCCAUGCUGUGGACUGGGGUGGUCCAGCAGGGUCCUUGGCAUUUGGGUGCAUGCACUCAGCUAGGGUCACAGUUGGCUGCCAUCUGCUGAGGGAGGGCAAGGGUCUCUUCCCAUUCUGCUGUGCACCAGACAAGACAGGCCCUGCAGGGCCUCAGCCAACCACAGGAAGUCAAGAUCAGGGCCACGGACAUUACUGAUCUGGCCACAGGGUUUUCACAACCAGCCCCACUCACAACAAUGAAGGGCAUUUUCAUUAGAAGCCAGAUGCAACAGGGGCUUCCGCAGGGCCAUAGGGAGCCCCAGGAAGACAUUCCUGCAGAGAACGGGCACGCUGCUGUCGCUUGAGGUCCCCAGGCCCUGUCCCCCCUGUGGAGGCUCCGCACCCUCAGUUCUGGGGCACACACAGGACAGGCAGCCUCAGUGUUGCACACCUCCACCUGUGCUGCCAGCUAGCCAUCAAGAGCAAAGGCCAUGUCUUCCCUUUAACCCCAUUUCCCCCAUCUCUACCCCUUUUAAUGCCAGUAAGUUCAUUCAGGAUGUUUUGCAGCAAUAGAAAAGAAACUCUGUUCCAAGUUCAACUAUGAAGAAUUCUCUGUCAAAGUAAACUGGGAGGAUGAGGCAGUGGGAGUUUAGACCUGGAUUGAAAGCCUGUUCUGCCAAUUGGCUCAAGUUCUUAGAGCUCUUGUGGCUUCAGUUUCCCCAUCUAUAAAAGGAGACUAAUGAAAAGUCCUACAUCAUAGCACUGCAUGAGAGCAUAUUAUGGAAAGGCAUUUGAUGGGCCCAGAUAUUGGACCAGGAAGAGGACAACCUCCUCCAGCACCAGGCGGGACCUGAGAAGUGAGCUGGGGCGCUUGGCUGUGUGUACGUGGGGUGCGGGUUGUUGACAGUGUUGGCCCAGCCAGAUCUGAAUGGUAUACUUGUCCUACGAGAGCUCUGGAAGCUGGCCUAGAAGGUGAAAACCAUCUUUAAACUAGGCGGCCUCAUUCUCCAGUGAAUACGCAGGGCAGAGCACAAUGGGGCUGGGAGGAGGACCCACAUAAUGUAUUAAGGGAGAACCGGUCACAUGCCCUGGAACCUGAGUUGUGUAGAAAAGUGAAAAUAUAUACAUCAAUUGAGUGACAAAACAGUAGAGCGUCAAGAACUGGCAUGAAGGCCAACGCCACCCAGCAAUAAGGAACAGUCACACUUCUGGAUAAAAUAUUCUAGAAACCAGUUAUUUCAGCAGCUGCCCCAUGACUCCAGAUGACUAAACUGGACACGGAC